AUGGCCUGUAUGUGGUGCUUUCGUUCUCCCACUGACCGUCGCCAUUGUGUCGCCAUCGAUCAGGUCACUAGUAGUCACGAGGAGCAACAGCCGGAUUCACAACCAUAUAUGGUCAUGUCAUUCGGAUAUUGAUGGGCAUUUAAACGAGACUUAACCGAUGAACGACACGUCGAAUUCUGAGGCCUCAGGCAGAAACGGUAUGCGACGUCGUGGAGCCAUGGUAACAUGAUACGACAUAGAUAGCAAUGACCGUCGAUGCGCAAGGGCUGUAACUGCUCGAACGUCGACGCGCAAUGUGCCCAUGAGCUUGCCAGGCUGAAAUGGCCGGUCGCGCAGCCGAUACCGCUUCCAUCUUUUCGCAGUCCUCAAGCCGGCCGACUACCUUCCAGUCUCGCGCAGGCCUUCAGACCUACACUCUUGACACCUUCUCCUCUAAAGACUUCAUUGUUAAGGAUUUCGUCGAGACGCUCUCUGAGUCCGCUGUUCCCAUCAGACGCAGCACUCAGACAGGCGCAACCCAGCCUGCGUCGCACGCAUUCGAUCCUAAGCCAUUAAUUCGUACAUUCGAGCACGCCUUAUCCCGCCUAAAGGUUCUGUCAGAGGAGCUCGAGACACGGGAGAAUGAGCUGGGCGGCUCGGUGCGGAGGGCUGAGGCACAGCACAACGCCAACAUCAGAUCGAGAGAGCAGGAACUAGAAAGAGCCGUUGAAGCAUUCCACAAGCUCGAGAGAACGCUCGAUGGAGACGCAGAUAUCGGCGGCAACGCCGCCAUGCAGAUAGGCGAACGGCUGGAAGAGUUGGAUCGGCAACGACAGCGCGCGCAGGAUGCGAAGUUCAUCCUGCAAUGCUGGCUUGAGGUCAGUGAGCGGGGCGAUCUCUCAGCGCUGGAUGACGUGAGGCGGAUGGGUGGUGGUGAAGGCAAGGUGAGGUGUGCACAUAUCGCGCGACAGCUUCUGAAGAUCUCGCAACGACUAGAUCUAGUAGCCAACGGCACGCCCAAAACGAAUGGGGUGCACUUUGCGAACGGUGUCAAUGGUGAUACGGACGGCACAGACUCGCCAAGCGGUAGUCUGCGCAACCGGACACGAGACGGGCAGCAGCCGCGUGAGCUCAUUGAGAAGUUUCUUGAGAUGCUCGAGAAGGACCUGCUCAGGUCUUUCGACGACUUCUACCGGAGACAGAACUUCGAAGGCAUGCGUGAGUGCGCAUUAGCAUUGCGCGACUUCGGCGACGGCUCUUCAGUUAUCUCGUUGUUCGUAAAUCAGCAUCAGUUCUUCAUUGACCGGGCACAGCUUGUCACCGAGGACCUGGUGACAGAUACAGACACCUUGGAUCGCUUGGCUGACCCGGACACAGACCCCCCAGGCGUCGAGCCCAGCUUGCAGAGCCUGAUUGAUGAAGUUAAGAUUGUCUGUCAGGAAGAGAGCUUCAUCAUCAAGCGCGCCUUCCCGUACUACGAAGAGGUGUUGGCGCGCUUCGUUCAACGCGUCUUCCAACAAUCAAUCCAACAACGGCUUGAGAUGGUACUAAACAAAGCCGACUCUAUCUCAUCGUUAGCGUUUCUGCGGUCGCUGCAGGCCAGCAGAUCGUACAUUGCUUCUCUAGUGGAGGAUCUCAAAGCGCAUGGUCUAACCGAGCACCCAGAUCCAGCGAGCAGCGCCACAGCUGCGGUGCUUGAUCAACAGCUUGACGAACUCUUCAUACCAUACUUCACUGGCUCAUCCUAUAUUGAGCGUGAGAAGCAAAACCUAAGCGAACUUUUCGAGGGCCUCCUAUUCAAAUACACGAUCUACCAUUCGCGAAGGCGGAAGAUGCAGCCAUCUACCUAUCUUGGUCAGUUAGCUGCUCGAGGCAAUGAGUACUUGAGCAAUGCGCGCGAAGCGUACUUACAACGUCUCAACACGGCGGAAUUGCCCGCAAGCCAGAAAGCGAUGCUGCUGCGCAUCGCGGGCUUAGGUGACAAGGAGCACCCUACUUCGUCUGAUCAGCCAAAACAGCUCGAUGUCACGGAUGAGGAUGGUCAGCUCAGCCUACCCUUCACGAAGCGCAUGCUUAAGUGGCUGGCAGAAGGCGUAGGUCGUGGCUUGGAGUUGGCCGGUGGCGGCAAUGAGACGCCAAGAGAGAUUCGAGAGCUACUCCAUCUACUGAUCAGUCAUGUUGGCGAGAUAUAUCUAGAAACGGCGCUUGAUGCGAUCACCGAGACAGCAACCACUGUGGAGAGUUCUCGGUCAACAGAGCCCGACCUCAGUUUCAUCGCCGAUCUGCGACCGACCAUCAGUGUGCUGCACCUUAUGCUUACAACCAUACAGUUGCUGCUGUUGCCAUUGGCGUCAGGGAAUCUAACAAUCAGGCGUGACUUGGACAAACAAACCAACAACUUUGUGGAGCAUAUGGAAGGGAAGAUUGAUCUGAUCUUGCAAAAGGUCAUCGACAGCGCGCUAGCCUGGACGUCUCGGUUAUUGUCUCAGCAGAAGAAGACUGACUUCAGGCCACGUGACGACACUAACUUGCAACUCGAUCACCUGCAGACGCCGACCUGUCAAGCAAUCUCAGCGUUCUUGUCUCGUCUGCACUCCCGUGCUGCGGCUGCAUUAUCAGGUCGAGUCCUCGAAUCCUUCUGCUUGGAGCUGGCUGUCGGCCUCCGAGGGCUACUGCUCGUACAUUUCAAGGCUUACCCAGUGUCUCUCACUGGCGCACUGGUUGUUUCGAAAGACAUCACGAAGUACAUCGAAAUGCUGCGAUCGUGGGAGCUUCCCAGCAGCUUCGAUCCUAGUCUAGAGGUUCUGACUGAGGUGGCGAACCUCUUCGUCAUCAGUCCUGAAGCGCUUAGAGAUCGCUUGAGGAACUUUGGCGUAGGACUGCAGGGAGUGGAUAAGGGAGACCUACGGCCGUAUGUGCUAAGGAGGGAAGAUAGCGGGACCGUUGGCGUCCAAGCAGCCUUGAACGCGAUGUAAGAUGGUUACAUCGUGUAUGAGUAUCGAGCAUCAGCAUGCUGGUGAGCAUGCGCCGUAACCGAAACGAAUGUCGUGAAUUGUUACUUGCCCGUACUUCGCAUGUUGAGUUGCUACGCGUUGGCUGUAAGCUUCAUGUGAGCGCAAGCGUCGCUGGAAUCGAAUCUUCCGCUCCUUAUGUAGCGCACUAUCGGCGUCGACGCCAUGGACC